AUGUCGCAAACCGUCACCGAGGCGCGGUCCGAGGCGCAGCACCAGAAAACCUUCACUUCGGAACCCUAUGAGCUCGGCAGACUGAGCUCCAGCGGUCGCGCACUUGGGACUGCCUCACCGAAGAAAGAUGGACCCGAAGAACAUCAAUCGUUGGAUGCGCCCGACGACACUCCUCCAACAAAUGCUCAUGGACCUAUCGAACGAUGGAAUUCGCCAAGGGGUAACAUGGGAAGACUAGGCUUUGCUUUCUUCUCGUUUGCCAUUGCCGGUAUGAACGACGCAGCAGUCGGUGCUUUGAUUCCCUACCUUGAGACCUACUACGAACUCAGCUACACUAUCGUCUCGUUAAUCUUUCUGACUCCCUUCGCCGGUUACUCGGUCGCAGCAUUCACCAACGCUAGGAUUCAUCAGAAGUUUGGUCAAAGAGGCGUGGCCAUCAUGGCCCCUCUCUGCCACAUCAUCACAUACGUCGUCCUGGCUUUGCAUCCUCCUUACCCAGCACUUAUCGUGGCCAAUAUGAUCAGCGGAUUCGGCAAUGGACUGACUGAUGCGUGCUUUUGCGCCUGGGUUGGCGCCAUGGACAAGGCAAACACAAUUCAGGGAUUUCUGCACUCUUUCUAUUCCGUUGGAGCUCUCGUGUCUCCACUGAUCGCUACGUCGAUGGUGGUUACUGCCAAGCUGCCUUGGUACAACUACUACUAUGUAAUGGUCGGUGCAUCUGUCCUCGAACUGGUCGGCCUCACUGUCACCUUCUGGCAAAAGACCGGCGCUAUGUAUCGCGCGGAGCACGCGCACGAGAACGAGGGUAACGGGGGUGCGGGUACCAGAAUCGCACUCAAAUCCAAAGUUACCUGGCUUUGUUCCAUCUUCUUCUUUGCGUACAUGGGUGUCGAAGUUGGUCUCGGAGGCUGGAUCGUAACAUUCAUGUUACGCGUUCGAAAGGCAUCCGCCUAUGCGUCUGGUAUUUCUGCGACUGGAUUCUGGGCAGGCCAGGCCCUGGGACGUGCUACCUUGGGCUUCGUGACAGAGCGUUAUGGAGAAAGGCUUUGCAUCAGCAUUUACAUCGCCAUCUGCCUCGCCCUCCAGCUUCUCUUCUGGCUUGUUCCCCAGUUCAUCGUUUCAGCCAUUGCGGUGGCUUUCCUCGGGUUCUUCCUGGGGCCGAUGUUCCCUGGAGCAGUCAUGAUGACAGCCAAGCUACUCCCGAAGCACAUCCAUGUCAGCGCUAUUGGCUUUGCCAUGGCUAUUGGUGGUACUGGUGGAACGGUUUUUCCGUUCAUCAUUGGCGCGAUUGCGACAAGUAAGGGUGUUGCUGUACUCCAGCCGAUUGUCCUGUCGCUGAUUGCAGUCGUGGCUAUCGUGUGGCUUUGCUUCCCUCGCAUCAAGAAGCGGGAUGAGAACAUUAUGUCUGGUCUAUAA